AUGUCGACGCAUCGUGCACCGAAAUCCGGAUUCGCCGCCGAAGCUCAGCGAAAGAUCAACUCCAAGUACAGCGAGGAACUGGCCGCCGAAUGUUUGGAAUGGAUCAAGGAGGUAACCGGCGAACCGAUCAACACGUCCGGCGACAUGGAUAACUUCUUCGAGGUGCUGAAGGACGGUACCGUGCUGUGCACGCUAGCGAACGCGAUCGAAGCCGGCACGGUGAAGAAGGUCAACACCAGCAAGAUGGCGUUCAAGUGCAUGGAGAACAUCUCCGCGUUUCUGGAAGCGGCCAAAAAGUUCGGCGUACCGCCACAGGAAACCUUCCAGAGCGUGGAUCUGUGGGAGCGCCAGAAUCUCAACUCGGUCGUCAUCUGCAUCCAGUCGCUCGGUCGCAAGGCGGGCAAAUACGGCAAACCGUCGAUCGGUCCGAAGGAGGCGGACAAAAACGAGCGCCAGUUCAGCGACGAACAGUUGCGGGCUGGUCAGACCGUCAUCUCGCUGCAGUACGGUUCGAACAAGGGCGCCACCCAGAGCGGCAUCAACUUCGGCAACACCAGACACAUGUAA